CUCCGAGGGCAGAGGGGAAACCCGAGCCUCCUGCCGCCCCCGAAACCUGACGCCCCGAAGCCGGGAUUAGGGGCCCGGGGGCCGGCGCCACGCCCCGGCCAGGUGCGCGGCUCGGCCAGGUGCGCCCCGCCCGGCCCGGGGGCCCCGCGGAUGGCUGAGCCGGGCGCCGGGCCGCGGCUGGGACCCAGGCGGUGCCCCAAGGCCGGUCCCGCCCCCAGGGGUCCGGCGCCCCCAGGGCGGCCUGCGGGGCCCGGGGCGCGGCAGCGGCAGGUGCGGACCCGGGCGCCGCCUCCUGGGACCGGAGGCCCGGCGGCUCCCUAGCGCCCCGCGCGGGGCCGGCCGAGCUGCGCGGCGUCCUCCGACCGCAGGGGGCGCUGUGGCCGCGCGGGGCUGGGCGCCGCCGCGCCCUCGCUGACCCCGCUCGCCGGCUCCCCAUGGCGGCCGCGCUCCUGCUUCGCGGCCUGUGCCGAGCACGGCCCGCGCUCCGCCCGCCGCCCGCGGAGCUGCUGUGGGCCCCGCGGCGCGGGCACCGGCUCACGCCAGCCGACGACGAGCUGUACCAGCGGACGCACAUCACCGUGCUGCAGCGCGAGGGCCCGCACGCCGCCUACAUCGACAGCUACAGCCCCCGCGGCUUCGUGGUCAACGGGAACCGCGUGUUCGGGCCCUGCGCGCUGCUCCCGCACUCGGUGCUGCAGUGGAACGUCGGGUCCCACGUGGACAUCACGGAAGAAAGCCUUUCUCUCUUCUGGAUGCUGGAGCCCCCGAUAGAGAUUGUGGUGGUGGGCACCGGAGACCGCGCCGAGAGGCUGCCGCCGCGGGUGCUGCGCGCCAUGAGGCAGCGGGGCAUCGCCGUGGAGGUGCAGGACACGCCCAAUGCUUGUGCCACUUUCAACUUCCUGUGUCAUGAAGGCCGAGUGACAGGAGCUGCUCUCAUCCCCCCACCUGGCGGGACUGUGCUCGAACCUCUGGCCCAGGAUGCCGAGUGAAGCUCCAGGGACCCACCUGACCUUCCCAGUAGCGCCUGGCACCCGGAGCGAGGAGCCCCUCCCUGCAGCCUGUGUCGCAUGUCUGCUUACCCCCAAUUAAUAACUUAAUCCACUGGC